AAAUUUAAAAUUGAAAUAUUAUGCGCAUUGCGCAACCCUGCUGCCGCUCCUUUAAAUACGUCGCUGUCACUCUCCUCCUCCCCCACUUAUCAUCGUCUCCGAGCCUUCCCCAUUUCAACCGUCUUCUCUGCUCCCGCCUCCCUGCGUUCUUAUCCAGCGAAAACCCUAAUUCGAUCCACCGCGAGCUUGGGCCGAGGAUCUUCGAUGGCGGAAUCGGACAACGUUCCUGCUGCUGGUGCGGCCGCGGCGGCGGCCGUUGAGGUGGAAGCGGGAGCCGUGGUGGUGACUUACGAAGAGCCGGACGAGGAGAAGUUCGGGUUCAGCCGUCCGGAGAUGUAUAAGGAGAAGCUCGCCGGGACCGUCGAUGCUUACGACCGUCACGUGUUCCUCUGCUACAAGAACCGCGAGUCGUGGAUGCUUCAGGUCGAGAAGACCGAAUUCGAUACCGUGCCGAAGCUGAUGGCCGCUGCUAUCCGAUCUCGCAAGAGCGAAAUCACAGUCAAGACCAAGGUUACCACGUGCGAGACACGUGUGGAGGCGGGGUUCGAGGAAGGAGACGUGCUCAUCUUCCCUGAUAUGGUCAAAUACAAGGGUUUGAAGGAAUCGGAUGUUGAUGGUUUCGUUGACGAUGUGCUUGUGAAUGGGAAACCAUGGGCUUCUGGACUGGCAGAGUCGUUGGCUGGGUCUCAUAUCUUUGUGUGUGCUCAUGGGAGUCGUGAUAAGAGAUGUGGUGUUUGUGGCCCUGUUCUGAUUGACAAGCUCAAUGAGGAUAUUGAGGCUAGAGGGUUGAAGGAUCAGGUGUUUGUCAGUGGUUGCUCACACAUUGGGGGCCAUAAGUAUGCAGGCAACGUGAUUGUAUACGGAUCAGAUUCUGAGGGCAAAGUCACUGGACACUGGUAUGGCUAUGUUACUCCUGAGGAUGUGCCUGAGAUUCUUGAUCAGGAUAUUGGAAAGGGGGAGUUGAUAGAACGUCUAUUCAGGGGCCAACUUGGUGCUCCAGUUGAACUAGAGAAUGCAGUAGCAAACCAGAAGGUUGUUUCCAAUGGAGAAGCAGCUCAUGAGGCCAAGAAACCCAGCACCAAUGGAGAAGCAGCAUCUGAAGUUAUGACCAGCACUCAGGUGGUGAACAAGGACACUGCACCGAUCAGUUGUUGCCAAGGUGUCAACGGUAUCUCCUGCUGCAGAGAAGUGAACACCGAACCAAGCGAGGAAACCAAGAAGGAAACCGCUGAGAAGAAGAAUUGCAGUGUCGGGAGUAAGGUGACAGACUGGAUCCAAUCACUCGAUCAGAGCGACAUCCUUGCAGGUGCUGCCGUGGUGGGAGCAGUAGCAACCAUAGCAGUUGCCUACAGCAUCUACAGGAGGUCAGGCAAAUAAUGCCGCUGCCCCUCGCUGAAUUUCCACCGUUUUAAGUGUUGUUUGUUGGUAAGGAAAGAGAGAGGAUACACUGGGUUCUGUUUUUGGUAGACGGGUUCAGAAGAACUGAAACAGCAGGUUUAGAAUAAGAUUAUCCACAGAACUUUACUAUUAGUAAUUUGAGCAGUAAGAAUACAUUCAAUGGUUUUGAUAUUAAGGUGGUGGGAUUAUGUAUUUAUUACCACCACCAGUAACUUCAACAGGUUAAAAACAUGUAAUAGCUUCCUCUGUUACUGCUCUAUGGUUGCCGUUUUUCACUUGUUCUUUCGUGGUAAACUAUUCAUAUAGAAAUGAAGGAAAGGCUAAUAUAAUUGAAGUUUAUGCUGC